UGUUAAGUUACCAGUCUUAACGUGUUGUUUUAGUUUUAUCAGCAAAUUUAGCAGCGAGUCAUCGGAUCAGACAGGCGCACUGUAUCGCUCACUACAAUGACCAUUACUCUAGGAAUGAACUUUGAAUAGUGCACGCCCCUAAUCCCUAGAUAAGCGAGUGUGCGAGGUACACAGUCAUCGGGUUAUGAUUUCGGCUGCCUUUUCCACAAGCUGAUUUCAUUUCUGCGCGGAAAAUUCACACCAUGCAGUGCGUACGAAAACAAAAUGUACGGAGCAAGUCUCAAGAGUUAUUACACAGCGCGCACGGCAAGGCGAGCGCGAGCGACAACAUGAGGCGGCUAGGUUUGGAGGGUGAUACAGACCUGCAGUUCUUGCUGAAUGGAGGGGAUCUUUUGAAAGUGCGCUCAAACUCAUGGAAAAAGAAUCGCUACUACAAGCUGCAGGAAGACUGCAAGACAGUGUGGCACGAAUCCAAAAAAACCUUUAAGUCCAAACAGACCUUUUCUGUUGAGGAAAUUGAGGCGGUACGAACAGGCCGACAGACUGAGGGUUUGAAGAAGUACACAGAGGAUGCAGUGGAGGGUCGAGCGUUCUCCAUUCUGUUUAAGGGACGGCAGAAAAGCCUGGACCUGAUCGCCAGCUCUGACGAGGAGGCCAAGAAGUGGGUCAGCGGUUUGGUGAAGGUCGUAUCAAACACGAACAAUCUCACCCCGCAAAAGAAGACUGAGCACUGGAUCUACAGCUGCAUGCGUAAAGCAGAUAAAAACUUGGACAAGAAGAUGAGUCCUAAAGAGCUGAAGAGCUUUCUGCAGCACAUGAACAUUGAGGUGGAUGAUGAAUAUGCGAAGAUGCUCUUUGAGAAAUGUGACGCAUCCAAUUGCGGAUACCUGGACGGAAAGGAGAUCGAGCAUUUCUAUAAAAUCCUGACUCGGAGGGAAGAGAUCAACGUCAUCUAUGGAGAAUAUGCAAAGACGGGUGGUCUCAUGAGCGCCGCUGACCUGCAGAACUUCCUGUUGAAAGAGCAGAUGGAGGACGUGUCUCCGAGCGAUGCUCUUCAGCUGAUUGACAAAUAUGAGAUUGACGAAAACGCCAAAGCCAAACAGUUAAUGACAAAGGAUGGCUUCCUAAUGUACCUGCACCACCCGGAGGGCCUGAUCUUUAACCCGACCCAUAAAAGUCUUUACCAAGACAUGAACCAGCCUCUCAACCAUUAUUUCAUCUCUUCCUCUCACAACACAUACCUGACGGAGGACCAGAUCAAAGGACCCAGCAGCACUGAGGCUUACAUAAAAGCGCUUGUGAAAGGCUGUCGCUGUGUCGAGCUGGACUGCUGGGAUGGAUCUGACGGCGAGCCUGUCAUUUAUCAUGGACACACUCUCACCUCGAAGAUCCUCUUUAAGGAUGUGAUCAGAGCUAUUAAAGACUUUGCCUUUAAGACGUCUGAAUAUCCUGUGAUCCUGUCUUUGGAGAACCACUGCAGUGUGGAGCAGCAGCAGAUCAUGGCUCAGCACAUGAUCUCCAUCCUGGGUAGCGCUCUGGUCACCAAACCCCUCGGCGAUAAGAUGCCCACAUGUUUUCCUUCGCCUGAGGAGCUAAAAGGUCGGUUUAUAGUCAAAGGGAAGAGACUGGGCAAACUUGAGGACACGUUUUCAGAUGAAGCUAAAGCAGCAGAUGAUGGAAGUGUAACGGAGGAAGAGGACGAUGAGGAGCAAGAAAAGUCUAAGACGUCAAAGUCACUGAAGUUAGCGAAGGAGCUGUCGGAUAUUGUCAUCUACUGCAAAAGCGUUCACUUCCACGGGUUUGAAGAUUCUCGGGACAAGCAGUCCUUUAAUGAGAUGGCCUCCUUUAAAGAGGGACAGGCUGUAAAGCUGGCAGAGGACUCUGCAAAUGAGUACAUCAGUCACAAUACAGACAAACUCAGCAGAAUUUAUCCAUCUGGACUGAGGGCAGACUCUUCAAACUAUAAUCCUGUGCCUCUGUGGAAUGCAGGCUGUCAGAUCGUGGCCCUCAACUUUCAGACGCCCUGCACAGAGAUGGAUCUGAACCAGGGACUUUUCCUUCAAAAUGGUCAGAGCGGCUAUAUUCUAAAACCUUCUUACCUGCGGGACCGAGCCACAGAGUUUGACCCCAUCACUCUCACUAGAGGACCGUGGUUAAAGCAAAAGAUUCUUCACGUGAUGGUGAUCUCAGCCCAGCAGUUACCCAAAGUAAAUGAGAGGAAGCACUCCGUUGUGGAUCCUUUAGUUCAAGUGCAGAUUUAUGGUGUGCCAGCAGAUACGACCAUGAAACAAACACAGUACAUUGAGAAUAACGGGUUCAACCCCAUGUGGAAUGAAAACUUCCAGUUUGAAGUGUGUGUGCCGGAUCUAGCACUAGUGCGCUUUUUGAUCGAGGACUAUGAUUCUACAUCAGGCAAUGAGUUUAUUGGGCAGAACACACUUCCCUUCAACAGUCUGAGAAAUGGAUACCACCAUGUGCCACUGCUCAACAAGAAUGGAGACCUGCUUUCCUCGGCUGGGCUUUUUGUUCACAUCAUGGUUGUUCAUUCUGAAUAGCACACACAUUAGCACAGCUCAGACUGAAUCAGAUGUGAUCUUGCGCAUCACCACAUUUAACAAUGCAGGCAUAUCUUUUUUAACUGGUCGACUCUACAACAAAUAAGGCAGCUCUUAAUAUUAAUGAUUUUACUUUUUUUAAGCUUUUUUUAAGACGUGCAGUACAGCAACUGCAUAUGAUGAUCUCAAGUUCAACUACCACAUUUUUUACUUGUAAUUUACAUUAUACAUUUCUGUAUGCUAUUUGCACUACAAAUUAGCAUGCUGCACAUUCAUAUUCAAUCUUGACAGUCUAGUGUUUUAGAUAUCCAUUUUUAGCAGAGGAACAAAUUUUCCAGCUUUGUCCGAUCUCACAAUAUGUUCGUAAACCUGUAUACAUUUUUUUCUUUGUCUUUUAUGUAGCUUUUAUUUCAUAAGGUACUGUGUCAUGCAUCUAUUGGAACAUUUAAUAAACAACUUGCAAAGUCAGUGAUUCUAAUGAAACUUAUUGUCAACUGUACACUACCUUGUGAAAGAUAAUAAACAUAAGUUAU